AUGGAAAACGCACAUCUAUACAGUCAAAGAAACGUAAUCUUGCAAGUCCCGUUUUACUCCAUUCAUUCGAUAACAACAUUUCAUAUCAAACGACGUAAACACAAGUAAAGUACCUAGUUGAUAAAGUUGCAAAAGGUGAAGUAAAUAGGUGCAAUCACCGAAUUACCUACUUCAGUCAGAAGGAAAAAAAAAUAAGCCAAGUCACUCACCGAAUUAUUCCCUCAGAAGUUGAUGAUAAUGUUUCGCACAAUGUUAAAUCAGUCAUUGGUCCAGAGCUCGAAGAUGAACGCCUUAAAUCAUCAGCGGAAUCUGUGCAGUCAAGUCAGUGGCAAAAGGUUGCAAGGGAAGGUUGCUGUUGUCACCGCUUCCACCGAUGGAAUCGGUUUUGCCAUCGCCGAGCGACUUGGCCAGGAAGGGGCCAAAGUUGUGGUCAGCAGCCGGAAGGAAAAGAAUGUGGCCGGUGCUGUGGUUCAGCUCGCGAAGGCUGGAGUCGACGUGAUUGGGGUCAAAUGUCAUGUGGGCAAUGCCGAGGAUCGAAAGGCUCUGUUUGAGAAAGCUGUCGAACGCUAUGGAGGGAUCGAUAUUCUGGUUUCGAAUGCUGCCGUUAAUCCGGAAGUUGGGGCUGUACUGGAUGCCAGUGAACAGGCCUGGGAUAAGAUCUUCGAGGUCAAUGUUAAGUGUUCGUUUUUGUUGGCUAAAGAGGUGCUGCCUUAUAUCAGGAAACGAGGCGGUGGGGGAAGUAUUGUGUUUGUUUCUUCGAUUGCCGGAUUUCAGCCGUUUUCGUUGCUUGGAGCUUAUUCGGUGAGCAAGACGGCCUUGUUUGGACUGACUAAGGCAGCCAGUCAGGAUUUAGCCUGCGAGAACAUCAGGGUCAACUGCAUUGCUCCGGGAAUCGUCAAGACGAAAUUUGCCGCUGCUCUUCACGAAUCGGAAUCAGCACGGGACCAAGCUCUGGAAAAGAUACCGAUGGGAAGAUUUGCCCAGUCUCACGAAAUUGCCGGCGUUUGUGCUUUCCUGGUUUCGGACGAUGCCAGCUACAUCACCGGAGAAACGAUCGUUGCUUCCGGUGGAAUGCCUUCGAGACUUUAAGAAGUGUCCACUAGGACUUAACUUAUUUAAUACUUUCUUAUUUUUUUAUGGGUUUUCAAAUGUAUAGGCUUUCGGAUGUAAAAAUUGUUGGUAAUAUUUAGAAUGUAUCAUCUUUAUACAACUUCA